GUCGCGACUCGGGAGGCUAUAAAUAGCGGGGAAGCACAAGUGUCGAUCCACGAAGGCAGGGAGUGACGGGAGCACCAGCGAGUGAUAGGAGCGAUUGUUCUUUCUGGAUCUCGUGCAGCGUAGAGGUUGGUGCGGAGCGGCCAUGGCGGGUGUCGCCAGUAAUCGUCGUCGUCGUGGGUGGCCGCCGGCGAGGCUAGUGCUGCUGGUGGUCGUGGCGGUGGCCAUGGCCUGCGUCGCGGCGCAGGGCAAGGUUGUGCACGUGGAGGAGCCGCACCGGCGGAGCAUGCUGGCCAAUGGCCUCGGCUCCGCUCCUCCCAUGGGGUGGAACAGCUGGAACCACUUCCAGUGCGACGGCAACGGCGAGGUGGUCAUCAGGGAGACCGCUGACGCACUCGUGUCGACCGGGCUCGCUGCUCUCGGCUACAAAUACGUCAACAUCGAUGACUGCUGGGCCGAGCCAAAACGUGAUGCAAUGGGUAAUCUGGUGGCCAACACGAGGACCUUCCCGCACGGGAUCAAGGCGCUGGCGGACUACGUCCACAGCAAGGGGCUCAAGCUCGGGAUCUACUCCGACGCCGGGUUCCAGACCUGCGCCAAGGUCCAGCCCGGCUCCCUCGGCCACGAGGAGCAGGACGCCGGAACCUUCGCGGCAUGGGGAGUCGAUUACAUCAAGUACGACAACUGCAACAACGGCGACCUCAAGCCGCUGGAGAGGUACCCCGAGAUGAGCAAGGCCCUGAUGAAGGCGGGCCGGCCGAUCUACUUCUCGCUGUGCGAAUGGGGCGACAUGCACCCGGCGCGGUGGGGCGCGGCCUACGGCAACAGCUGGAGGACCACCAACGACAUCGCCGACACGUGGGAAAGCAUGAUCGCGACGGCGGACCAGAACGAGGUGUGGGCGGAGUACGCGCGCCCCGGCGGCUGGAACGAUCCGGACAUGCUGGAGGUGGGCAACGGGGGGAUGACGAACAGCGAGUACGUCGUGCACUUCAGCCUCUGGGCGAUCUCCAAGGCGCCGCUCAUCAUCGGCUGCGACGUGAGGCACAUGUCGCAGGAGACGUACGACAUCCUGGCCAACAGGGAGGUGAUCGCCGUCAACCAAGAUCCGCUCGGCGUGCAGGGGAAGAAGGUGAGGAUGGAGGGGAGCAACGAGAUCUGGGCGGCGCCGCUGUCCGACUACCGGACGGCGGUGGUGCUGCUGAACCGGCACGCGACGGACGAGGCCACAAUCACCGCGCACUGGGACGACGUCGGCCUCCCCGCCGGCACCGCUGUCGAGGCCAGGGACCUGUGGCUGCACAAGACGCUGGACGCCGCGUUCACGGACAGGAUGGCGUUCGACGUCGCGCCGCGGUCGUGCAGGAUGUUCGUGCUCAAGCCCAGGCACCGGUGAAAAGCAGGGCGCGGCGGUGGCGGCCCCGGGGCGCGUGGGCGGACCGAGGGAGCGCGCUGAUGGCCGGCGGGCGGCGGCGACACCGCGGCGUCGGUGUGGUGGGUAUUGGGCGAUUUGCUUGUACUGCCGCUACUUUGCA